GGUACAUGAAAGGGUUUAACCGCUUAGCUCUAAGAAGAACAGAGUGCUCUUUUCCUGAAGUCAUGUACACAAGCAGUUAUCGCCAUGUUUGUUUCCCUUGGCAACCUCCUCUUUGGUAGACCGUGGAACUACUCCGUGGUGUGAGCUGUCGCAUUUGUAACUCAUAAUAAAACCUCCAGAGUUCUCAUCAUGGCAGGGGAGGAUGACAACAUUGACACCAAAGAUUUGGAGCUUGAGAGAAUAAUUGGUUUCAAUGGCAAAGUCCAGAGUGGUUUGAUGGUGCAUCCUGACCGGGAGCACAUUGUGUACCCACUAGGUUGCAACAUCAUCAUUGAAGACAUCACAAAGGAAGCCAAACAGUGCAUUCUUUCAGGUCACACCAAUGAUGUUACUUGCAUCGAUAUCUCAAAUGAUGGUCGUUACAUUGUUUCUGGACAAGAAACAUUCAUGGGUUUCAAGGCCAUUAUCACUCUGUGGGACUACGCCACGAAAAAAGCCAUUCAAAAAUGGGAACUGCACAAGGUCAAGGUUCAAGCUGUGGCUUUCUCUAAAAGUGGGAAAUAUGUGAUUUCUCUUGGUGGUCAGGAUGAUGGAUCAGUUGUUGUAUGGGACAUGGUGACCAAAGAGCCAAUAUGUGGUUCCCCUGCUCAGGUGGAAAGUGCUGGCAUCACAACGUGUUUGGCUACUUCAAAAGUCAGUGAUGAAGUGUUCGUCACCGGAGGAGACAAUACUCUACGUGUGUGGACAAUUGACAAGGAAAACAGGAAGAUUAGGCCAUCAAAUACAAACUUGGGUGGAUUCAAGCGUUCCAUUACUUGCAUAGAGAUGGUAGAUGACCAAGUGGAGGACAUGCCUUACUUCUUCUGCGGCACCACCACUGGGGACAUCCUGUGCAUCAACAAGUCAACCAACAUUCUCCAGUUUGAGUUUCCUGGCAAGGACAAGUUCUGUCUUGGAGUCACAGCUAUUUCUUUUGUUAAAAUGACUGACAAGGGAUUCAAUAUGUUGAUUGGCACAGGCAGUGGCAUUGUUGGUAACUACAACAUCAGCGUGUGCUUUGAAAAAGGAAACAAGGUCAAGACCGUCUUCAAACACAGAUCUGAUGCAAAGCCAUGGAAACAUUGUGAAUCUGCUAUUACAUCCAUUGCAAAGAGAGGUGCAGGACAUCAGUUUUUCGUGGGGACUGACCACUCACAAGUCUACAAGUUCCAGUUUGCUGAUUACUCUGCUGAUCUCAUCAAGACAUGCCAUUCAUGCCCUGUUAACGACAUUAUUUUCCCCUUCGGUGUGGCUCAGCUGAUUCUCACCUGUCAGGAGGGUGAGAUCAGGGUUUGGGACUUGACCACUGGCAGAGAGUUGCGGAGGUUUGUCCUUGCAAACAAAGUCUGCAAUGCUUUGGCAAUCUCACGGGAUGGAAAAAUUGUUGUUUCAGGUUGGAAUGAUGGAAAAAUCAGGAUUCUGGGAUUCAAGAGCAAAGACCUUUCUUUGGAACUGAAACAUGUGGUAAUGGAUGCCCACAACAAAGGUGUCACAGCUGUAGCACUGACCACCAGAGGAGAUCAAGUUAUAAGUGGAGGUGGUGAUGGCAUGGUACGAAUGUGGGAGAUCAUCACUUUCAUGGACCACACUGGAAAGAAGGAGAUGAGAGCAGAUCUUCGGCACAGCAUGAAGGAACACAAGAACUGUGUGUCAGAGAUUGUCAUUGCCAGCAGUGACAAGGAGUGUGCAUCAGCCAGUGGAGAUGGAACCACAAUCAUUUGGGAUCUCACGAAAGGCUCUCGUAAAACUGUAGUGUUCGCCAACACUCUGUUCAAAAGUGUGUGUUAUGGUGAAGACGAGCAUCAGAUCAUCACCUGUGGCACAGAUCACAAGAUUGGCUACUGGGAGACGUAUGACGGCUCAAUGAUUCGCGAGUUGGAGGGCGCUAAGGCGGGAGCCAUUAACUUCAUGGACAUCACAUCAGACCAGAAGGCUUUUGCCACUGGUGGAGAGGAGAAGCUCAUUAAGCUAUGGCGCUACAGAGAAGGAGAGGUUACUCAUGUUGGUAAAGGCCACAGCGCUAACAUCAGCAGGAUAAGGAUUGCCCCAGACAAUCGAAGUUUAAUCAGUGUCAGUGAAGAUGGAGCCAUUUUGCAGUGGAGAUUCCCAGCUGUUUAAAGAAUGAGUAGCAACCUAUCUAAAGGGCAGAUGUUCUCUUUUGAAUCUUACAGACCUCUCUAAUUUGAAGAAGUAAAAUUUUAUUUUUUAAAAUUCUGCUUCUUGGCUAUUAACUGAUAUUGUCUUUAAAGAUUACAAGAAAACUAUUUAUAAUUUUUUUUUGCAUCAGAGUCCAUAUAUACUAAACCUGAAGAGUGAUCCGAAGCUCACAUUCUCAUAAUAGUGGAAGUGGAUGUCAGGAUUUUGAUCAAAUCAAUUUGGUCCCCCAAAAAUCAAUCACACAUGGCAUGCGGAUACCAUUUUUGGCUCUUACUUUUCUCAGAUGUCAGACAUUCUCACCUGUUCUCUGACCUUUUUAAGGGUUGUAUAUUUAUCAAAGUAUCACAGUGCUUCUUUUUAAAUCAUCUUUUGUGUUCUGAGUCCUUAAGUGUGAAUAUUCAGAAGUACUGGAGCAAAAUGGUACACAACUGUACCUCAGCAUUGUAUGAUGAAGAAAUGGUUCAUACCUUUUCCAUUUACAACUUUUAAUUGCUGUAAUAGCCAUUCUAAAUUCUUUUUUGUGCAUGUACUGUUUUCUGUAGAUUUGAGAAUGUGGAAUAAGUGGGAAGAUGAAUGAAUGAAUUUCUAGGUGAAUUUAUUGUGUUGUUUUUAUUUCCUGUCAUUACUGAAACAACCAGCUAUAUAACUGUACACUAUGGAUUUGCUUUUUCAUUGUGAUGACUGAGUGUUAUUGGAAAGAAAUUCAGUAUUGGGUCAUUUUUAUACAUGAUUUACACAAAGUAUAUAUAUCUCUUUAAAAACAUGUUUUUUUUAAGCUGCCUUCCAUUGUAGAUGUUAUUUCCCAAUUGUAAUGUGAAAUUUAUUUUGGAUUAGCUUUUAUUGAGAAGAACAGAUAGCUUCUUUUCAUUUUAUCACUUUAUGUCACACUAACACUUGAAUAUCAGUCAAUGAUGUUUCUCUUGUUCAAGUUUAUUAUUAGGUACUCUGAACAUGAAAUCAGAGAUCAUAAAUAUAAAGAUAUGAAAACAUACCGCUGUACUAGAGCAACCAUGUGGCACACAUUUGCCAUAUUCUGUGGUCAAAAGCCUUAGAAAACAUAUUGAAAAAUAAAUUGUACUGUUUGAAUCAUU